CGUCAGCCCUGAAAGGUCCGGUUGUCACGUGUUCCUGUAAAACGAGCCCUCGGCCGCGCGGAGGAUGGUUUCCAGGCACAGUCUGGUCCGUGGAGCUCGCUAACACCAGAGGUUAUUUUUAUAUUUAUAAAUAUAUAUAUUUGAGUAAAAUGAGGGCGACGCGCACCAAACACGGCCUCCUGCGUGCGUGCGUCCUCUCGUGCUUCGUCGUGUCCCUGCUGUGCUCCACCUGCAGCGGGGUCCUCUCCGGGCGGGACGCGGCCUCCCGGCCUCCGGCGCCCCGGCGCAGCCGCCGCGGCCUGACGGGCCCGAAGCCGGUGGGCGCGCAGCACCGGGCGGCGGACGAGCAGCACCGGGACCAGAACGUGCAGUUCAUGCUCAGCUUGUACCGGAGCGCGGCGGAACCGGACGGGAGGCCAAAGCAACACCGGAAGUUCGGCUCCAACACGGUGCGCCUGCUCAGAGCCUCGGCCUCCACGGUGCACUACCAACCUGCAGCAAGAGACCACCACUACACCUUCACGGCCCAGUACCACCUCGACACUCUUCCCUCCGAGCAGCUGAUCAGAGCCUCUUUCAUCCACCUCCGCUCUUCAUCCCCUCCCUCCUCAUCCUCCUCAUCCUCCACCACCUCGUCCAGCAGCGCCCAGGCCCCUGAGCCGCUCCGCUGCAGAGGCCAGAUCCCCUCGCUGGGCCCCGGGAGCCAGGUCACCCUGGAGCCCCAUGAACAGUGGACAGAGACGGACAUCACGGAGCACGUUACGGGACACUUCCUGCAAAGGAAGGACCGGGACGCGGGCGGACCCUUGACCCUCACUGCCCAGUACUGGUGCACAGAACCUUGGCUCACCAGGGAGCACAGCGGCCCCUGGUGGUGGAGGUCUCGUCUUCAAGGACAACGGAGAGAGGAAGCUCACCUCGAGGUCCCGUCUCUGCUUCUGUACCUCGAGGAAGGGAGGGAAGGGAAGGACUGGAUGGCGGAGCUGUUGGGGGAUGAAGGCAGAAACAUCAUGAGACAAAUCGGGCGGUGGCACCCUGCAGUGCGCCGCCGCCGGCGCUCCAAAGACUCGUCCUCAGUGUCAAAAGACUCGUCCUCAGAUACCAAAGACUCGUCCUCAGAUACCAAAGACUCGUCCUCAGAUACCAAAGACUCGUCCUCAGAGUCCAAAGAUCCUUUGCUGGACGCUCUGAGAAACGCCCCGACUUCCACGUCCUCCUCUUUCUCCUCCGUGCCCUCGGCCUCCAUCGCCUCCAACUUCCCCAACUACAAACGCAAAACCAGCGUGCCCAAGAACCGCUGCAAGCUCCACUCGUUCCGCCUCUCCUUCGACGAGCUCGGCUGGGGCCACUACUUCAUCGCCCCGCCGGUGUACAACCCCCGCUUCUGUCAGGGCGACUGCCCGCGCCUGCUCCCCAGCGAGUACCACUCCCCCAACCACGCCAUCAUCCAGACGCUCAUCAACGACCUGGGCAUCGGGGACGUCCCCCCGCCCUCCUGCGUGCCCUGCAAGUACAUGCCCAUGAGCGUGCUGGUGGUGCACAAGAAGAAGGUGGAGUACAAGGAGUUUGAGGACAUGGUGGCCAAGUCGUGCACGUGUCGCUGAAAGGACUCCGGGAGCAAGGAGGACUAAAAGUGUGUGUGUGGGGGGGGGGGGGGGGGGGGGCGGACUUAACGGGUCAUUUGAUCUGAAGCUCUGCGGCGGCGGCAGGAAGUCGUUGUGGUUUCAGACGCUCGCCAUCACUGUGAAGCACUUUAAACUGGCAGCUGCUGGAUGUGAACUCUGGGCGGAGCCGACGGGAGCGAGUCCCCGACGUUACGAUUGAACUCAUAAUAAUAAUUGUAAUGUGAAACUAAAGCACUGUGCUGGUUGCUCCAUCUCUCACUCACUGUCAUGUUUGCCGCUGAUUCAUUGCCGGAAGCAUUUUAAGCCACUUGUGAGUAAUUUAAAAAGAUUUGAGUGGUGACGUCACAAAUCAAACUCCUGCAGAAAAUUCAACUUCACACCUUUUUUAAGCAAAAACUAUAGGAUCAACCGCAAAUGGUCUAAUGAAUCUUUGUUUCUUCAUCGUGUUCGUGUAUCAACUCAGUUAUUUUUUCUUUGUCUAUAUCUCUUUUUAAAACAAAAACCUGGUCCAUUUCACAUCAGGGCACAAAAAAACUAAAAAAAAAGGAGAGAAACCUUCCUGGAUGUUGAGAAAUCAGACAAGCGAGUAUUUUAUUGGACGAGGGCUCGACCGUGUUGGAUGUAAAUGUGAAGAAUUUAUUGUGAUGUUACUUUUGUUGCUGUCUAGAGUCAUAAGUCUCUACUUUUGCACUGUGUACAUAUUUAUAAAGGGAGGGGAUAUGGAAAGGAAACGUGUGCUGCUACUUAGAGAAACUAAACUUAAAAACAAAAACAAAAAAAGGAGGGCCGAUUACGAGGGGGAGUGUUAAAGAAAAACUAAAGUGUUGUAACGGAGACCAAUGCAAUUUUUUUAUUAUGAAUGAAAAUUAUUAAUAAAAUAUAAUGCAUGUUUUCUAAAGACUAAUA